GACGACAAAAUGGCCGACGACGAUACCCAGCGCUACCACUGCGGCUACUGUGGCUGCGACAUCACACUCCGACUGAAAUGUGCCGUGUGCCCCGACCUGGACCUGUGCCUCCAGUGUUUUGCUGCCGGAGCUGUGGCCGGUGCCCACAAGAGAGAUCACCCCUACCAACUGAUAGAUGAAGGGAGUUUCUCGCUGCUAGUGGAUGACUGGGGAGCCAUAGAGGAGGUCUUGCUGUUGGAUGCAGUGGAACACGACGGCUUUGGAAACUGGGAGGAUAUAGCUGCCCAUGUGGUCACCAAAACAGCCAGAGAAAGCAGGGACCACUAUGGUGCAAUCUACAUCAAUGGAGUCAUUGGAGAAGGGACCAUACCUACCAGACAUCACGCCACAAUUCUGGAAGGCAGAGGAGGAGAAAUCCCUCCCAGGCCUCCCGCCUACUCUCCAGUAAAGUUAGACUCUGCGGAGCAACUUGAACUGGGCUACAUGCCCCUCAGAGACGACUUUGAGCGGGAGUAUAACAAUGGUCUGGAGGAGGUGAUUAGCGAGAUAACGAUAGGGGCGGACGAGGAGGAGGUGGAGAGGGAGCUAAAGCUGGCCCACAUUGACAUGUACAACAAGGGUCUUGUCGAGAGGGAGAAGAGAAAGAGCAUCUCCAAGCAGCACGGACUCAUCGCUGGGAAGCAGAGAUUGAGUGCUAUAAAGAGAAAACUGUCCAAGGAAGACAAAAAGUUGAGGGACAGGUUCAAGACAGUGUCGCGGCUGCUGGAAGCUGAGGAGUACGAACAACUGAUGGCCUCUAUCAAGAAGGAGAGGCAGUUGAAGCAGAGGAUAGCAGAGGUGAGUCGGUACCGCAGGAAUGGAAUCACCAAACUGGAAGACUGCAGCGAGUUUGAUAUACUGAAACAAGAGCAGACAAAGCUGAGAGAGAGAAAGGAUGAGGGAGAUAUGAGCUCUGAUGAACAAGAGGAAGAUUUGUCUUCAGCUGCCAAUCUGGCUCUCCUCUCCUCUUCUGAGAAAAAGUUGUCUCAGUCGGUGGGGGUUGAAGCAGAAGAGUACCUGUCGUGCAAGACAGACAUUCUGAGGAACUCUGCCCUCAAGAGAAGUGGUUACCCGGGGAAAGUGAGGCCACCUCGCCACCUCUCCUCCGACCAGCGAUCCAGACUCAUGACAUUCUUCUCCAAGGCAGGCUGGACCAGCUAGCUAGCACUCUGCCAGCCACCAUUUCUAGCCCAUCAUUUCAAUCAUUUCAAUCAUUUCCUCACCAAUAGAACCAUAUCUCUGUACAUAUGACUCUGUGUGUAUAAUAGAAUAUAUAUACCACUUUAGGAAUUGCUGUGCAAAAAUCCAGACCUAAUGUGUUCAACUGAUUUGCAAUUUGCAGUAAACCCUGGUAUAUAUCUCAGUAUGUAAAGCUAUGCUGAGAGUAAAAUCAUACUCAGUGUGGAAGAGUUAGUGCUGUUAUAUAUUAGUUCUGGGUCUUGGGGGAAACGGUUCGACUCCAGCCACAAAGGGAGUGGGGAUGUGAGAGGGGGAGGAAGUGAUUGUGAGAAACUUGAACCGCUCGCCCAUCUUCUCCGGACUGGUCAGCAUCUCGUAUCCGCUCAGCAGCUGCUCGGCCUCAGACAGAUUAGCCUUGUCUAGUAGCACCUGCAUUCUCUGUCUUAUCCCCAUCUUGUGCAGGAACUCAUUCUGUGUUAUUGGUCCUGCGUAUCCAGCCCCUUCUCCUUGGCUAGCUCUGCUGAGAGCUCCAAAGUCAACGUCUGCAGUGAGAUCUGCAGAGCUGGGAUCUGUCAGUACGUCGUGCAGCUGGUGGCUCCUGAAGCCUCGCAGGGUGUGAUUUGUGGCAGUCUCACUGCCAUAGUCCACUACCAGUGCAGCACCUCCAUGCUCCACCACUCUCCUCCCGAUCUCCUUUGCAACUAGCAGCCCUUCAGGACACACCUCUGCUUGCCUCACUCUUCCUCCCUCCCCCUCCUCUCCACUGGCACUUGGCCGACUAGGCAGGAGAGAGGAGAAGGCAGCAGAGGCUGGGGUGGGCCCUGGGGCCACAACAAAUCGAAGCGACAUGUCACUCUUCUCAGGGUCGAUAUCAACCAGUACUUCUCUCCACCCUUCCUCUGUUCCCUGGUGAAAAAAUCCACUGUCCUGACACUACACAGUGGCACAUAGAUACCUGGAACUGGUGGACCGGCAGAGCAUCAAAGAACUCAUGUGCAAUGAUGUAAGAGUGACUAAGAGGAACAUCCUCUAAUCUCUGAUACCAGUGAACUGGCACUCCAGACUCCAGUGUACAGGUUUUGUAUGGAGACUCCUCAAACAGUGCCCUUUGCCCAGUCUCCACCACCUCCCUUUCCUCUCCUGCAGUGUUUUCUCUUGCAAGUGGCUCAUGGUAGGACUGGCCUCGACGAGAUGGACAGAGAGAGAGUCCAGGACACGACGGAACUGCCCAAACACUCUGAGAAUGUCCUUUGUCAGCGUUCCUCUCCCCGGACCAAGUUCUACCAGACUCCAUUCACGAGGCU